AUGGCGGCGGGCGUUGUGAGCGGGAAGAUUAUAUAUGUACAAGAAGGGGUAUAUAUUCACUCAUCUUGUGGAAAGGCAAAUGACCAAGAUAGCUUAAUUUCCAGAAUAUUGCGUGUUUUAGAAAAGGAUGCUGAAGUAAUAGUGGACUGGCGACCAUUGGAUGAUGCUUUAGAGUCUUCUAGUAUUUUGUAUGCUGGAAAGGACUCCAGUUCAGUUGUAGAGUGGACUCAGGCUCCAAAAGAGCGAGCUCACAGAGGAUCGGAACACCAGGACAGUUAUGAAGCAGAAUGGGACAUGGUUAAUACAGUGUCGUUUAAGAAGAAACCACAUACCAAUGGAGAUGCUCCAAGCCAUAGAAAUGGGGAAAGCAAAUGGUCAUUCCUGUUCAGUUUGGCAGACCUGAAAUCAAUCAAGCAAAGCAAAGAGGGUAUGGGCUGGUCGUAUUUGGUCCUCUGUCUAAAGGAUGACAUCAUGCUUCCUGCUCUGCACUUCCAUCAAGGAGAUAGCAAACUACUGAUCGAGUCUCUUGAGAAAUAUGUGGUGUUGUGUGAAUCAUCACAAGAUAGUAGAACACUUCUUGUCAAUUGUCAGAAAAAGAGUCUUUCACAGUCUUUUGAAAAUCUUCUUGAUGAACCAGCAUAUGGCUUAAUACAAAAAAUUAAAAAGGAUCCUUAUAGAGAAACCAUGGCAGGAUUUUCCAAAGUUACAAACUACAUUUUUGAUAGUUUUCGAGGCAGCGAUCCCUCUACACAUCAACGACCACCUUCAGAAGUGGCGGAUUUUCUUAGUGAUGCUAUUCCAGGUCUAAAGAUAAAUCAGCAAGAAGAACCAGGAUUUGAAGUCAUCACAAGAAUUGAUUUGGGAGAGCGACUUGUUGUUCAAAGGCGGGAACCAGUGUCCCUGGAAGAAUGGAUCAAAAGCCUGGACUCUGAAGGAAGAGUCCUAAAGGUAGAGAGCAUGAAGCAGAGGAUAUUCAGAGGGGGUCUUAGUCAUUCAUUAAGAAAACAAGCAUGGAAAUUUCUCCUGGGUUAUUUUCCCUGGGAUAGUACCAAAGAGGAAAGAACUCAAUUACAAAACCAAAGAACUGAUGAGUACUUCAGGAUGAAACUGCAGUGGAAGUCUGUCAGCGAGGCACAAGAGAAGAGAAAUUCAUGCUUGAGAGACUAUAGGAGUCUGAUUGAGAAAGAUGUCAACAGAACAGAUCGAACAAACAAGUUUUAUGAAGGCCAAGAUAACCCAGGGCUGAUUCUGCUUCACGACAUUUUGAUGACCUACUGCAUGUAUGACUUUGAUUUAGGAUAUGUACAAGGAAUGAGCAACUUACUUUCCCCCCUUUUGUAUGUGAUGGAAAAUGAAAUGGAUGCCUUUUGGUGCUUUGCCUCUUACAUGGACCAGAUGCAUCAAAAAUUUGAAGAACAAAUGCAGGGCAUGAAGACCUAGUUAAUCCAGCUGAGCACCUUACUCAGAUUGUUGGACAGUGGAUUUUGUAGCUACUUAGAAUCCCAGGACUCUGGAUAUCUAUAUAUUUGCUUCAGACGGCUUUUAAUCAGAUUUAAAAGGGAAUUUAGUUUUCUAGAUAUACUGCGAUUAUGGGAGGUAAUGUGGACUGAACUGCCCUGUAAGAAUUUUCAUCUUCUUCUGUAUUGUGCUAUCCUGGAAUCAGAAAAGCAACAGAUAAUGGAAAAGCAUUAUGGCUUCAAUGAAAUCCUUAAGCACAUCAAUGAAUUGUCCAUGAAAAUUGAUGUGGAAGACAUACUGUGUAAAGCAGAAGCAAUUUCCCUACAGAUGGCACAGUGCAAGGAAUUGCCUCAAGCAGUUUGUGAGAUCCUGGGACUUCAGGACAGUGAAGUUACAACGCCAGAUUCCGACACUGAUGAAAAUGUUGGCACUCCUUGUCCCAUAUCUGCAUUUCCAAGUAGCACCUUGCCCAUCCUUGCUGCCAGUGAAGCCAAAAACGACAGUCGCAAGACAUUAGCAUCCCCAAAUGCCUGCAGAUCAACACCUGCAUGAUCAUUUGUCUUAACAUUUUUUUAAGAGAUACUUUGUUGCAAUUCCUUUUUAAGUACAUAAAAGGUAGACAUUUACAGUCUUGGUAUUGAUCAUGCUUUAAGUUUUAUGGAAAGACAGUGUACUGAUGU